ACAAACCUUCGCGGUGAAGUAAUCAAUUUAUUUGAUCCAUGUCACGCAUUGAUUGGUUGAAACAACACAGUUAAGCGUUGGUUAAUUAGAUUAGGAACCAAUAAGAAACAAGAUUGACCAAUUAGCGUGACUAACGACAUUACUGACAAGUGGCGGAUGUAAUUCGCCUCUCCUCUUCCCUUAAGGGUCACGAUGAAUGCGAACCUAGUUACGUAGUAACGAAGGCAGGAAAGCGGAGUGAUGUACACAAGAAUUAACACAUGGUCCUAACGCAUUACUAAACACCAGACGUGCAUCUCAACUAACUUGCUUUGGCAUACUCUUGGAAUAGAACCUAUUUUUCAUAAGUGUGUUGUGCUCUGGACAAGAUAGUCUCAAAAUGACCAUGCUAGCAUCGUCUGAUCUUCUGGGCUCCCUCCAGAAACUUGCUGGCGUAGAAUUAAGUCCUCCUCGAAAUCCUGGAAAACCACUUACCUCGUUUCUAAUUAAGGAUAUUUUGACUAAUGCUGGAAAUGAAUGCAAGAAAAUACAGAAACUUGAAAGAUCGCUCAAUGGGCAGGGGAUAAGCCGAUCUGAUCGAUGUUCCCUCUCCAUCCCAACACUGUCUUCAUCCCGCAAGCACCACUCAAAUCGAGAUACUGACGCCGGAUCGCCGUUGUCUGCUUUGGAAGAACUCACAAACAAGACUUUCACCGGACUCGAAACUGGUAUUCUCAAAGCCGCCGAAGCUGCUGCUACGCACGGGAAGAGGGACGCGAUUACGUUGUUCGCACGUCAGCCGCCACGAAAAAAACGCAAAUCAAGAACCGCAUUUACAAACCAACAAAUCUUUGAACUCGAAAGGCGAUUCUUGUAUCAGAAAUACCUCACUCCAGCAGACAGAGACGAGAUUGCUUCAUCAUUAGGUCUUACCAAUGCCCAGGUUAUUACGUGGUUCCAGAACAGACGAGCUAAGUUAAAACGUGAUUUAGACGAACUGAGCGCUGACGUUUCAGCGAUGAAUCCGUCGAACGCCGAGAACGUUGACUCAGAUGACGGAAACGGAACCCAAGUUUCAAUUCAUUUAAAUGGAACAGUAAUCAACUGUGGUUCCGAAACAGACUCGAAUGACGAAGGAUCAUCAACAACCGAACGCGUAAAUAUGACAGAAACACAUUCAGAUGACUCGUGCGCAGAAAGCGAAGUUGAGGAGAUGGUAUCAAACACACUACACUCGGAUAGAAAAACAUGAGUUAUGAACAAUUUUUAUGCCUAGGCGGCCUACCGUACUAUUUGUAAAUACUGAUGUGUAUAUAAUAUGAGACGUCUAGUGUCUGGGCCUGGGUUUAUUUACGAUCUUUCAAAGCCGAACAGCCUAUGCUUGCCAUUCCAAUCAGGACAAUAUUCUUUAUAUAUGCUUCUAAAAUAAUCGUUUUCAUAAGUUUGAUUUCCAAAGUAUAUAAAAGCAUAGCAACAACGUAAUUCUUGUUGAGUUUCCUUGUUAAAUAAUAGGAUUUUAUAUAAUAUUUCUUCAAGCAGAGAAGUUUCAGAUUUUUAUAUUCAAUAAGGUCUGUAGGCCAAUGCCUUAUAGAAACAGAUCCUAUAAAAAUUAAGGUAAUAAUAACUGGUAUUUUAUUUAAAUGAGUGGUUUGAAAUUUAUAUUGUUAUAUAUUCUGAUAGGCCUAGAUAUCCCAUGGUUAAAACUCCUAUUUAUUCAUGAUUAGGCUUAUCUGUUCUUCGCACACAAUGUGUUGCAUUUAAUUAAAGUUAUAAUAUAGAUGUGUUGUGUUGGCGACUAAAUACUAGCGAUUAACGAUCUCAUAUCAAUUUGAGGGCUACGACGUGGUCAUUCCCAUGAAACUAAAAUGCCGUCAUCCGGAGUUUUGUUGUAAAUGAUUUUGAUGUUGUAAACAGUUUGAUUCUGUAGUAGCCUACUGCAUAAGACAACUUCUACACUCGUGAUGCAGUAGACAUAUGCUUUUGAUAAAAAUGAUAAUUAUUAUCGUUGAAUAAUCAAAGGCAAUAUAGCAACGAAAAUAUUAUUAAUGAAAGCUCUAUAUUUGAAGUGUUAAGCAAAGCAGAAAAACUUUCAUAUUUUUGUUGAAACUUCUGAUAUUUCUUCAUUAAUACCGGUAAUCAAAUCAGAAAUAAAGCAAAUGUUGACAAUAAUAUAUUGAAGAUUUUUUCAGAUGUUUAUCUACAGUUAUUUUAAACGGUAUUUAUUUAUAAAGAAUUUUUUUUCCACUGUGCCUUUGAAAUCUAAAUUGUCACAUUUAAAAUACAUUUGCAACAAAUGUUUCAUUGCUUCACGAGAGGCCAGUCGUAUCAAAAUAAUAUACACGAAAUCUAAAUGGAAUCUUUACUAAAUUUAAUAUAAAUACAGUACUGUAGGCUUAUAUAACACGUUGGGUAGUAGGUACUGCUGCCACUGCUCCGCUAACCACGUAUAGACACCGGCAUGGGAACAGUUUAUUUUGAGCCAAGUGAUCUGUGAUUGAGCCCUAAGCACCAUAGUGAUGGACGUCCCCAGAUAACGAAUACUCUCUCCAGUAUCAUCAUUAGUGGCUCAUUAAAAUUUGUGGGUAAUUGAUGUCAUCUGAUGGUACUGAUACCAUAUUGAUACCAAGCGCAUUAAACGCUAGAAGGAUCAGCCUAACAGAGAAAGAAUUAUCUGUUGAUCGCUUCAACCAUCAAAUAUCCUGACGUAUCGAUCUACAAUAUUCUCAACGCAGAGAGAAAUAGCCGAUUCGCACCCAUCCCCUAGGAUGAACCUCGAUGAAACGCCUCAGUGGUCUACAAUUUGUAUUCGUCGGCUACAGAAGGAACUGUCCAUAUGUCUAUGACCAAUCAUCCGCCAUGUAACAUUAAUUUUUGAAAUCGAUUACGAACUUUGCAUCGAUAAAUUUAUGGAAACGCAGAUUCUUAUGAUAAGUAAUUUCGCAUAUGAACUUAUAUGGCAUAAGCCUAUACUAGAGUGUAAAUAUAGCUAUGCUUGUAUCUUUGAAUGGGUUAGCCUAAAAUAUUUAAUAUUUUCUAUCUCUACUUUCAUUCAUGAAUUAAACAUCAUUCGUUAGUGUGAUAAUAUUAACGUAUGUUUCUUUUCAAUAAAGUUAUACUGGAAUGUA